GGCCCAAUUGCAGUCACCGCAGUUCAGUGACCGAGUGCAGAGUGACAACGUGCUGGUGGUUGCUGUCCAUUACUUUUCUUAUUACGGCGCUCAAUUACAUGUCAUCAUUGAAGGUGCAAUAGCAUUAGGUGUUCAAUUUCAUGAUUGGAGUCUAUUUUUUUGCCCUUUUGCUAUAUUUUUCACUUCGUUGGUUUCCAAAUUUAUGUGAAUUUUUGACAAUUUGUAGCGGAUUGAACGUUUUGCGGCGUCCGGGUUUCAGACUAUAGUACCAAUGCGAAGCAUGUCAAAAUAGACUGGUGACCUCCCUUACUGUCCUGCUGCCAGUGAAUGGUCGACAAAAAUCACAGGCUAGAAAUCGAAAGAAACAGUUUGGAGGAAAGUGUAAAGAAGUUGUGUUGUCACUCAAGUUUAGUGAGAAAUCAUGUCCUGUCAAGAAUCACAAGAGGAGGAGAAGGAAGUUCUUCUCUCCAUAUACGAUGGAGAUGAAUGUUUCAAAUUAAUAGACUCUACGUGUCAAUACAGGGUAGGAGAUGAGGGUCAUUUUAAGUCAUUUAUGCUGGAGAUCAAAUGGGGAGAUAAUUAUCCAGAAGAAUUUCCUGAAAUCAGCUUAAAUACAUUCUACAAUAAUCACUUACAGGAUGAUAUACGAAGUAGUGUGGUCGAGAAGGUCAAGGCAGAGGCAGAACAGUGGCUUGGGUGUGCAAUGACCUACACAUUAUUUGAGUGGGCAAAGGAAAAUGCUGAGGAUCUAAUGGCAGAACAAACAGAAGCUCAAAUGACUGUUCGAAGUUCCAGUAAUACAGAACAAGCUGUGGCAAAAACGAAAGAGAAAAAGGAACAGCUGACAAAGGCGCAGAAACGAAAAAUUGCUAAUAGAACAGAUCACAGAGGAGAUCUACCCAGAGGUUUUGACUGGGUUGAUAUAGUCAAGCAUCUCAGCAAGACAGGUUUCUCUAAGACACAGGAAGGUGAAAAGGAAAGCUGACUUCUGUCUUGAA